AGAACAUUUUGGUGGAGAGUGAUAGAGAGGGCGACGUGCGUUCUUUGUACGGUGAGGCAGGGAAAGACGGAGCAACCGAGAGAGAGAAAGAGAGCGUGUGCUGCUCUGCUUCCAUUAAUGUUUAUUUCCGAUAUUAACGAGGUUACCGAGUGUCGAUUUAUCCGCCAAACGGAUCUUAUUAACUUCUCUCUCUAAAGCCAUUUCCUCUUCCUCAAAACUGAAAUGCGCAUUUGAUUCUCUCUCUCUCACUCAGCUUCAAUGGCGCAGCUAGUUGCUAAUGGAUCCAUUAAUGGCUCCUUCUUGAGCUCCCCUAACGACACCACUAGGAGAAGAAGAUCUUCUGGUAAGUUUUCCGGCGUACUUAACCGUAAAAAUGGCCGUUUUUCUCGUCAGAUUCCAGCCAUGGCCACUAGUUUGAGUACAAAGAGGACUUCGCAGUCCCAGCCUGAAGUUCUUCUAGUUACGCCGGAAGAUGUUCCAAGCCUUGGAAAGGAUGAUUUCCCGCAUCUUGUAGGUGCUCAGCUACAUGGUGACGUAUCAGUGGGCAUUUGGUCUAAGCCAAGUGUUACGCGCAAGACAAAAAUUGUCUGUACAAUAGGCCCUUCAACAAAUACACGUGAAAUGAUAUGGAAGUUAGCCGAGGCUGGUAUGAAUGUUGCACGUCUAAAUAUGUCUCAUGGUGACCAUGCAUCACACCAGAAAGUUAUUGAUCUUGUUAAGGAAUAUAAUGCCCAAGCAAAAGACAAUGUUAUAGCAAUUAUGCUUGACACCAAGGGACCUGAGGUUAGGAGUGGUGAUUUGCCACAGCCAAUUAUGUUAUCUAGUGGCCAAGAAUUCACAUUCACUAUAAAAAGAGGGGUUGGCAAAGAAGAUUGUGUUAGUGUAAAUUAUGAUGAUUUUGUUAAUGAUGUGGAAGUUGGAGAUAUGAUCUUGGUUGACGGUGGAAUGAUGUCUCUCAUUGUGAAGUCCAAAACUUCAGAUUCAGUACAAUGUGAAGUUGUUGAUGGAGGGGAACUGAAGUCUAGGCGUCAUCUGAAUGUUCGAGGGAAAAGUGCUACCCUGCCAUCCAUCACAGAAAAGGACUGGGAGGACAUUAAGUUUGGGGUGGAAAAUAAGGUUGAUUUUUACGCUGUGUCUUUUGUCAAAGAUGCAAAGGUGGUCCAUGAGUUGAAGGACUUUCUCAAAAGUUGUGCUGCAGAUAUACAUGUGAUAGUGAAAAUUGAAAGUGCAGAUUCUAUCCCCAAUUUGCAUUCUAUUAUAACUGCAUCUGAUGGGGCUAUGGUGGCUAGGGGUGAUCUUGGGGCUGAACUCCCGAUAGAGGAGGUUCCUUUGUUGCAGGAGGAGAUUAUUACGAUUUGUCGUGGUAUGGGAAAAGCAGUCAUAGUGGCAACAAACAUGUUGGAAAGCAUGAUUGUUCAUCCUACUCCAACCCGAGCGGAGGUAUCAGAUAUUGCAAUUGCAGUUCGUGAGGGUGCUGAUGCAAUCAUGCUAUCAGGCGAGACUGCCCAUGGAAAAUUUCCUCUGAAAGCUGUGAAAGUUAUGCACACAGUUGCUUUAAGGACUGAAGCAACCAUUACUGUCGGAGAAGCACCUGUUAAUCUUGGUCAGGCUUUCAAGAAUCAUAUGAGUGAGAUGUUUGCUUUCCAUGCAACUAUGAUGUCAAACACUCUUGGCACGCCGAUAGUAGUCUUCACCAGGACCGGUUUCAUGGCUAUCCUGCUUAGCCACUACCGUCCAUCUGGCACUAUCUUUGCAUUCACAAAUGAGGAGAGAGUAAAACAGAGGCUGGCACUAUACCAGGGUGUAUGUCCUAUAUACAUGGAAUUCCUUACUGAUGCUGAACAGACUUUUACAAAUGCCAUAUCUUUCUUACAGAAGCAGGGAAUGGUGAAGGAAGGUGAAGAGAUUGCUCUUGUUCAGAGUGGAAGGCAGCCAAUCUGGAGGAUCCAGUCCACUCACAAUAUUCAGAUAAGGAAAGCAGCGGCUUAGGACACAAAAUUUCCUUUUUGUCGUUGUCUGUUUUUUUUUUUCUGCAUUUGUUUUUUCUUUUUCUUGGAAUGGUGAGGAGUGGGGGUGCGGAUUAGGGGGAUUGGAGACUUAUUUAUUUUUUGUAUUGUUAAAGUUUGAAGUUGUCUAUUUAUUGUCUAAUACAAUACUUCAUUUGCCUA